CUUUACAGUUAUCCAGGUAGGACAAAACAAAAGAAAAACGAACGAGGGAAAGGAAGAAAAUAUAAAAGACUUUCAGUCUACACGCAAACACACUGUAAACGUUUUGUCGACCACAUGAAUACACUUCAGUUAGUUCGUAAACAGAACAGGAAUACUGUAUCACCACCAUUUUAUGAUGUAACUCAAGGUUAUUCAUCAGACGGAAGUGUACCAGACAGAAUUAAAUUUUUUAAUGCCAAAGAAUAUGAGGAUAUAUUGACAAUUGAUAAACUGGUUACAAAUCCAAGAAGACAUUCAUCAGCUUAUAAUUUCAGCAGUCAUAAUAAUUCACAAGAACAGUUAACCUCAAAUGACAAAGUUAGACGAGUAUUAAUUGGCGCUAGACGAAACGAGCUUAGAAAACAAUUAACACGUGAAGAAUAUUGUUUAAGUGAAGAAAUACGUGAAAAAUAUGGUGGGUGCUUAUCUGUCAUCAUGAGAAAAUAUCGGAUUACUGUGGUGAAUGGAAAAAAUAAAAUUCUACUUUGUCGAGAUUAUUGGUCACAUGAAAUGAAUAACAAGACCUGUACAGAAGGUAAAAAAGAAGGGAAAGAUGAAAACUAUGAUCUACAAUGCUUUGAUAUGAGUUGGAUGGCUGAAAGUUGUGAAAUCCUUUGUGAAACAGGCAGUUUAAAAGAAGCUAAUAUUCAGUCAUCAGAGUCAGUCUUUUUCAGCCCUAAUAAAAGACGAAGAAUUGUUAAUGAGGAUGAAUGUUUUGUCAAAGAAGAUUUUCCUUCAGAGGCUAUGGAAAAUCAGAGUCGCGUAUUUGAAGACAACAUUUUCACAGACUGUGACAGUAGUCUGGAAGAUAACAGAAAGAUUGCUUGUAAUUUUAUCUCAUCACAAAAUGCCAUGGCGGUACCUACAAUCAGUCGUACCCCCAUAUCGUCAUUAAAAAGUACAACAAAGUAUCUGAAGGAACUAGUAACAUCUUUAAGAGAAGUUCAAGGUCUCCUGCAGAAAGUCUGUGAUGCUCAGAUGAAAAUUCUGCAACAUCUACACUUGGGAGCAGAAGAAGCAAAAGAAUUGAUUCAGCCUCAGUACACUUCUGCUGAAAAGUUAGAUGACAUAAAGCUACCUAUCAAAACAAUGGAUAUGUUACAAGAAUUUGAUAGAAGACUUUGUCAAUGUAAAUCCUAUUACGAACAGAUAAUGUGUCAAAUGUUUUUAAAAGUUCAAAAUAACAUCAGUAAAUCAACUCGUCGACUAUUAAGCAGCAUACUGGAUACAAACCUUGCACGUUUAAUGACAUAUAAAGGAACAGUAGAUAAAAUAAGCGUACGACGUCAUACCUUCUAUACAUUAAUAGUUGAUGUAAUUAUGAGAAAGCAGUUAGACACGGGGAGGGGGGGGACUAAAGAAGAGAUUUUGAAAGGUAUUGUAAGAGCAACGAAAAACUGGUUUCAUGAUCAAAGAGUAAGAAGAAAGAAGACUGAUCAGUCGUCAAAUGAAAAGAUGGAUGUCGUUUGCCAACCUGGAUGUAGCAAUUCACUGUUGUAG